GCACACCUCCUGCGUUCACACCAAUUUUCAUAGCCUGCUAUUUUAAAAGCAUGAAAUGUAAGACUGGACAAAACAGGAAGGGCCACAAAGUGACGAGGAAUGGGUGGGGAUGACUUUCCACUUACUUCAUCAUACUAAAUACUGGCUGGCAGAUAUGAAGAGUGUAGCUGACGUUCUAAUGAACAUUUAACUGCACAAAAUCAUAUUUGGUGAGUUCUGCGGUGGGAAGAAGACAUCUAUCGCUGAGAUUUCAUUUUUGCCCCAAUUGUCAAGUAUGGAGCGCUAUCGCUUGGUCCGAUGUAACAGCUUGGAUACGGCGUCUGGCAGCGGCAAGGAGCCGAGGAUGCCUUUGGACCACAGGGGCCUUUACCCUGAGCUGGAGCCUUCACCGGCAGAACUGGCUCAAUGUGAAGCUGAAGUGGGCACGCUGCUCAGCAUCAUCGCUGAAGUCAACAAAAAGAUGGGCUCGCUCAAGGCACCCAGUGAACCAGAUGAUCUGAGACCACCAACACCAUCCAGUCCUCUGUUUCCUGACCUGCUUUCACACAGACUAGUGAGAAGCAUUCCAGAGAAUAUCACCACGUCCGAUGUCAAAUGUAGACCUUCACUGCCUUAUCGAGGGGGCAGUAGUAUCAUGUGGGCAGAACUGAAAGGUGCACUGACUGCUGUGGAGGACUCGAUCAACUACAGACGGUCCUGGGCGGCCCCCAUCACAUCCUCUGAGCGAGAAAAACCCAAAGAGCAUCUAAGAGCAGCUCAGGAUAGCUGGGCCAAGGCCACAAAGAUUUUGGAAGAGAUGGAAAAGGAAUUUGGGAUUGCUUGCCCAUCGGAUGUGGGUAGGGAAACAUUCCAGGAGGUAGUCAUGGAAAAGCAGGCUCCAAUGGCGGAACUGCAGAGAGCACACAGCAUCAACCAGGUGGAGGAGGAGGAGAGCAAGGUUGGUCAGCAGAGGGCCUGGAGGUCAGCCAUUUGCUCUCCUCCCUACAAAUCUUCAGGCAGCGCAGACCGGAUGUCCUCCUCCUUUCCAGGUUCUCCUUUACUCCUCAGGAGAACUGCAGGAGGCUCGUUAUCUUCAGGAGGUGACAGCUCCCCACGGAGCUUCGUCACCUCAGGAAGUCCUUGUUCAAGCCCCAACGGCCUGGAGACUGAGAUGGAACGCUUGAAUAGGUACAUUGAGAAGCUGAAGACCAAGAAUGAGCGUCUGACUGUUGCUUUGGAGCGAAGGAGGUCAGAGUGCGAGCAGAUCGGUAUUACGUUAAAGAGGCUGGAGGCCGAGUGCUCGACCGCGCACUUGGCUCUCCGAUACUGUGAGGAGUGCGAAGAGGCCUACGGCCAACUUUUGUCGCUUUACGACGAGAGGCAACAAUGCUUGACCAACGGAGCAGGGGUCAAUAACGACCAGCAGACUAUGGGCAGUCCCAGGAAAAGGUCAAGUGACAGCGAGGAGCUGUCCACCGCCUUCACUGAUGUCACCAAGGAGAUGGAAAGACACCAAACGCAGAGAACGCCCGAAGCGAUUGAUCGAGAGGUUGCGCUCCGUCAGCUGAUUGAGCGGCUAAAAAGAGAGCGGGCGGCCAUUUGCCUCCCGAAGCCACGGCUAGAAAAAGAGUCUGCCGUGAGCGUGGGACAUUUCUCCAAAGAUAACAAGCCGGUGGAAAGCAAGAGAGAUAAAACAUGUCUGUUCCAUGAGAUGAUCACAGCCAGGGAGGAGAUGUCAGAUCUCCGUGCUCUGAUCCGUCUGAAGGAGAAAGAGCUGAGGUGUCUGGAGUGGAGCGUGGUGGCCCAAAAAGCAUGUGGAGCACGUGUUCCCCAAGGCCCCCGAGAAAAGCCGGAGGAGUGGAAGACUGAACAACAGAGACUCUGCGAGAAUGCAGAUAAAGUGUGUAGUGAUGCUGAUGUAUCUGGGCUCAGGUCCAGGCCCAUAUUGAAGGAACUGCAAGUGCUACUUCAGAGGGAACAAGCCCUGAAGAAGAGAUUGGCCUUUGUUUAUGACUCAUUGAAUGCCUCGCUCCCCGAAAGCGCCUCCAACAGCGAUGAGCACGUGGCACGGAUUGCGCAAGCUCACAGUAAGGCCUUGAGCUCGUACAGACACAUUCGCAGAAGAUACAGGGAGCAAGUUUGGAAGCUGGAGCAGAAACUAGCAGCCAUGAUGGAAAGUCAGCACGCGCACAAGCAAACGUCCAAGGCAGCGGGAGAAGAUUCAGAAUGGAGGAGGGAAGAAACUGUUCUGUGAUUCCAGAACGUGUCUGUCAUUCAAUGUUGUUUCCUUCAAGUUUGAUUAGGUCUUAUUAAAAAUAUUUCAAACAAAC